AUGCUGCGAGUCCUCAUGAAUUGUGCGCACCUUGAAAACUGUUUACAUGAAGCAAGAGAAGAGGCCCGAACAAACAAAUGUUCAGCUGACAGAAGGGUUGUUGAGUAUGAUGCUCUGCGGUCGUCUGCUUUGAGGAUACAUGGUUUGUUCGAAAGGCUAAAUAACUGCAUCACUGCACCAGGUGUGACUGGCUUUGCAGAGUCACUGCAUUCUUUGGCUGCCUCCUUGGCAAGCUCUGUAAAGAAGGAUGAAGCUCAUACCACUGUUCAGUUUCAACAAUGCAUCAAGAUCCUGGCGGACAAAGUUUAUUUACUGACACGACAGAGUGCUGAGCUGCUAGAACGCUAUUCAGCUAUGCAGGCAGUACAUGGAGGUAUCACAAAAGAGCUGGAUGAGAAGAAAGAGCUGAUUAAGAAUCUCUACAAUAAACUUCAACAAGAAAAAUAGGUUUGUCUUUUAGCA